UGCCAGUUCAUCGAGUGCCGUGCGUGGCUGUGCGUAUGGCGAUUGCAUAAGGGGUGCCACUGCUAUGGAAAGGAGUUACGUGAUUGCGAAUAAAAGUAUAUUUCGGUGCCAGUGAGAUAGAUUUCAGAAAACGAUAGAUUUCAGAAAACGAAAAAGGAAAAAUAGACAGUAAAUAAUGACGAAUAAAUCCUAAUGAAAAAAACAAACAGGAAAAAAAUAAAUAAAUAAAUACACCAAUUAAGGAAUAAACGGUAAAUAGGUGAUAACGAAAAAAUCCCCAACGAAAGAAUAAACAGAUAAAUUGAUGAACCGGUGAAUGGAAAGCAGAACCAUGGAGAAAACGAGAAUUAGCGAACAACACGAUGAAGAACUGGAAAACGAAGGAGAGAAACAGAUGGAAAUCAACAAGAAUUCUGUCAUUGUCGUUUCUCUUGAACAUUCGCGUCUCGACAGAAAGAUGCUGAAGCGGAAGGUGGACAUGAAAGGCUUCAGAGAGGAGGUGGAGAGGCUGAGGCGAAGCAGAUUAAUCGUGAUCUUAAUCGUCUAUUUCUCUCUCGUCUUGGACAACAUGUUACUGACAGUGGUGGUGCCCAUCAUCCCCGACUACCUGUACCGCCAGGAGAUGCAGACCCCCUCCCUCCUCACAGCAGAAGGCCCUGCUACGCCCAUCCCUCCUCCGUCCGCCCCUCCACUCACCACGCCCACGAUGAGGAGCGACGGGCGACCACAUUCAGGGGUACGAGAGACCCUUCAGAACCCAUCUCCUGAAGGGGGAAGAACGAGAAAGGAUCGCGAAGGACUUCCUAUGCUUGCCUCUGAUCCCGAGUUCGUUGGGGGCGUGUCCGGGGUGCUUCCCUUCGCCCUCCUGCAGGAGAGAAGAGCUGAGGCCGAGGUCAGGAGAAGAGGCUUUCGUCGGAUCGCGAGAGGCCAUGCUCUGUCAUCGAGAGGAGGAUUCCUGGCCAAGCAGACACAAGGAGCGAUACUCGAACCGGAAUUAAAGGAUAGGUACAUGCCAGCUACCAUUCACAACCGUCGCGGCUCAACAACCAAGUCCUCCAACCACGAUUCUGGUAACCACAACCACACGCGACCUUCCCCGUCGUCUCCCGAUGACCAGGAACCCCUCAAGGAAGUCUUACCUGGCGACUCCCUCGAGGCAAGACCUUCAAGAACCUCCCAAGCACGACCCUCGGGGAAAGCGCAGGCCCCACGAGACCCCCCAGCCACAGGACCGAAGGCGGACAACACGACGGACGCCGAAGAAACCAACACCAACGACACCCAAGCCUUAGCCAGCAUCGCAGCCACGCCGCAUGAUAUCAUCAACGAAAACGAACGCGUCGGUCUCCUGUUCUCAUCGAAGGCCUUCGUGCAGCUGCUGGUGAACCCGCUCGUGGGGCCUCUCACGGCGCGCGUCGGCUACUCGCUGCCGCUGGUCGCCGGGACGCACGUGCUCAUCCUCUCGGCGCUCAUGUUCGCCUAUGCUGAGAGCUUCUCCAUUAUGUUCCUGGCGCGGAGUCUGCAGGGUAUCGCCUCCUCGUGCAUCGCUAUAGCAGGCCUGGGCAUCGUGGCCGAGUGCUACCCCGACGACGGCGAGCGCGGGCGUGUGCAGGGCCUGGUGAUGGGCGGCAUCGCGCUGGGCGUCCUGGCAGGCUACCCCGCGGGCGGCCUCCUCUAUGACUUCACGAACUCUAAGACUCCGCCCUUUCUCCUCGUGGGCGGGCUCGCCGUGGUGCUGGCAGUUGUCCAGUUGGCAGUACUCAACCCUAGGCCUGUACCUGAGCGUCUCGUGGCAGCGACGCCCAUGAAGCAGCUCUUGCGUGACCCGUAUAUAGUGGUGACCGCGGGCGCCAUUAUGGUCGCCACCUCCGCCAUGGCUGUGCUGGAACCGUGUCUGCCCAUCUGGCUGACGGACACGCUUCACCCCAAGACCUGGCAGCUGGGCACCGCGUUCAUCCCCGACAGCGUGGGCUACCUGCUGGGGACGAGCUGCACGGCAGGGCCAGCCUUCCGCGUCGGCAGGUGGAGAGCCGCCAUGGCCGCUCUCAUGCUCGUGGCCGUCGCCGCCGCCAUGGUCCCCGAGGCACGCUCCAUGCUCGCGCUCUCCGGCCCGCACUUGCUCCUGGGCCUGGGCGUGGGCACGGUGGACGCCACGCUCAUGCCCCUCCUGGCGUCCCUCGUCGACAGCAGGCACGCGGCAGACUACGGCGCCGUCUAUGCCAUCGCUGAGGCGGCCGUGGCGCUGGCCUACGGGCUGGGCCCUCUGGUGGGCGGGGCGAUCGUGAAGAGCAUCGGCUUCCCUUGGCUCAUGCGCUCAGUCGCCAUCGUGAACCUGUGCUACUGCCCGCUGCUGCUGCUCCUCGCCUCCUUCGAACACGACCCGGGCGAGGCACAGGCGAUCCUGAUGGCGGCGCCCGACCCGGCCGACUACCGAGGCCACGCGACCUGCCCCGUCCAGCCACACGAGUCCUCGCUCAGGUACCAGAAGCUCUUCGACGAGGAGGAGGACUAG